CCUGCCCGCCCGACGAUGACGUCACGCCCCAGAGCUGGCGUCACGUGUCCGCCCCCCCGCCGGGGGCGGGCUUUGAGGGCGGCCCUUCCGGUCGGCGGAGCCUGGCGGCUGGAGCAGCGGCGGCGGCGGCGGCGGCGCCCGAGACGCGGGGAUGGCGGGCGCCGGGGGCGAAGCCCGGUUCGCGGGGCUGUCGCUGGUGCAGCUCAACGACCUGCUGGAGGACGAGGGGCAGCUGGCGGAGAUGGUGCAGAAGAUGGAGGAGACCCAGAACGUUCAGCUGAGCAAAGAGAUGACGCUGGCCAGCAACCGCAGCCUGGCGGAGGGGAACCUGCUGUUCCAGCCCCAGCUGGACGAGCGGAAGGCCCGGCUGACCCAGAAGUACCAGGAGCUGCAGGUGCUCUUCGAGGCCUACCAGCUGAAGAAGGCCAAGCUAGCCAGCCCAGCAGCGCAUCCCUGGAGACCCUGCUCGCACUCCUGCAGGCGGAAGGGGCCAAGAUCGAGGAGGACACCGAGAACAUGGCGGAGAAGUUCCUGGAUGGAGAGCUGGCCCUGGACGCCUUCAUCGACGUCUACCAGAGCCAGCGGAGACUGGCCCACGUGCGGAGGGUGAAGAUCGAGAAGCUCCAGGAGAUGGUGCUGAGGAGGCCGAGGCCGCCGCAGGCCCCGGCCGCGCUGCUGCUGCCGCCCAGGGCGCCCGAGCCCGCGCCCGCCGCCCCACUGCCCUACCCUGCCCCGGAGGCCGGCGGGGCCCCCUCUGUGCUGCCACGGCGCAUCCCGCCCCCGGUGCCCGCAGGACGCUUGGCCACGCCGUUCACCGCUGCCAUGGGCUCGGCGCAGGCCCCCCCGCUCCCCGGACCGCUGUGCCCGCCCGUGCCCCCCCGCGUGGGCCUCCCGCCCCAGCAAGGAUUCUCCGCACAGUUCGUGUCGCCGUUCCCACCACCGCUCCCCCAGAGGCCCCCCCCUCGGCUGCCUCACCAGCCGGGCUUCAUCCUGCAGUGAGGGGCCCCGUCUGGCCCGAGACGCCCACCCUCCCCCGCUCCCGCCGGCCCGCGGGCCGGGCCGCGCUCGGGAGGCCGCGAGGCCGCGCUGUGGGGCCCCGGUUUGCGCCCCAGCCUCCGCCGGCCCCGACCUCGAGCCAGUCUGCAGCCCUCACGUGGUGUCUGAGUCUUGUGUUGGUGAACUCGUGAACCUGGGGCCCCCCCCAGAGUCGUGGCCUCCCGUCGAAGCUUCCCUCAGAGGCACAGUACCCUCUUUCUGCUUUCUUUCCGAGACGGUCGCCGCCCCAGCCUGUCACGGCCCGGAAGGUGCUCACGGAGUCUGUGGGGCCGCCCCUCCCCCAGACCGGGACCCCUCAAAGCCACACACAGGGUUUGCGCUUGGCCCACGGCCACGUCCGGGCCGGCCCGCGGGCGGGGGGCGGACUUCGCACAGCCGCUGCCCCGGCCCCCCCUGUCCCGCCCGCCCCCGCCGGCCCCAGGGUUUCUAUGAAGAAGUGCUCCAAUAUUUUUACUAUGUGGGUGAUUUUCCUGUUUUAUAUUGGGAAAGAAAACUUUUUUGACACAAGACCAUUCAGGGAAACUUUAUAAAAACACACAUGAUGUUUUGAACAGCUGUAACUGCAGAUGGCGUGAAGGCAAUUUCCUGUCUCACGAGCAGUGCGUGGUCCCACCUGCGACCCGCAGGCCCGGGGUGUGUGCCUUAGCUUCACCUGGUGCCGGGGAGGGGCUGCCCACCGCCCCCUGCAGGCCCCCAGGCUGGGGGGGGGGCAUCACCAGCUGCUGCCACCCAGCAGCUCCGGCUGGGCGGUCAGGAAGGACUUGUCGCCCCUGCAGGGGAGGAACAGCCCUCCGCCCUGGACCAGGAGCCCCUCCGCCACCGUCCUCGCCUCCAGUCGGGCGUGGGGCUCGGGUGGGCGGCGCAGGGACCCCCGCAGGAGGAGCUCGCCCCACAGAACAGAAGGUGCCAACAAACUAGGCUGCUCUUCCUGCCUCUCCGGGUUCCCGUCUAGAGGUGCCAUGUCUGUGGGUGCCACCUGUGCUGAAAUCAGCCUGGUGGUGGUCGCCACCCACUGUGGACGGCUGGUGCUCCGCUGUGGAACCAGCAGUCACCCUGGCCGGGCUGGUGACUGCCCACCCCGCUGGCUGCCGCGGGGGCCGCAGAGCAAAGGCAGGGCUCAGACGCCUGUCCUGCUGGGCCGUGGGCGGGGCCGCCAGCCUCUGUACCCCGUUUCCACCCGGUCCUGCUCCCGGACUCGAACUCUACUGUGUUGCGACGGUGUUGAAAGAAAGCGAAGCUGGGAAGGACGACGUACCGCCGCGCCAAUCAGGGGCCUGCGGCAUCCCGCGGGCCCCCGGGCAGCGCCGCUCGCCCGAUACCUCCGCCGCGGCGCUCGGUGCAGGCGUGGGGGAGGGGCUGCCCGGCCGGCCUCGCCGUCUCUCCGGGGCCGCGGCUGUAACACGUAGGACCGUUUUUAAUAAAUAGAGGAUUAUUCAUGA